CUAGCGAUAUGUAUGUCAGGCCGUAUGUAAGUAUGUGUAAGUACCUAGGUAUGGAUCCGCAUGUGUGCGUGUGCGUGUGCGUGCUUGUAUGGGGUGUGGGGAUGCAGAUUGCAGACAGCUGUACAGGACGUACGUGGGGUGGAAGCGAGUCAGUCGAGGGCUUAAAAGGCUGGGGAGGGGUGCUUGGGGUGCGCUUGGUCUGGCUUGAGUGUUCUUGUCGUUCUUGUCGUUCUUGUCUUGUCUUGUCUGCUCUUGUCUUGUCUUGUUGCUGCUGCGCUGUGCCGAUCUGACCUACACUGGGUCGAGCCGAGCUGCUGAGCUCGAUUAUAUUGCUAGGUGUUUACCUACAUGCCCAAAGCACGAAAAUCCGCCGCCGCUAUGGCGGCCCGCAAACGGAGGAAAGAAGCAGAGGUAGAAGAAGAAAGACUCCGCGACAGAGACGAAGAGCAAGAGAAAGAAGCAGCCUCACCCCUCCGCAAAGGCCUAGCCAGCAUCUACGCCUCGGCCCAAUUCUCCGACAUCAGCGUCUCCACCCCCUCAAGCCGCACGCACCGCCUGCACCGCCUGGUCCUAAGCACGCAAAGCGCCUACUUUGCGCGCCUCCUCUCGCCCACCACCACCAACUCCUGCUCCUAUACCCCCCCAACACACAUCGACCUCGCCCCCCUGCGCACCGACCCCCUCGCCACAGACCACGCCCUGCACUACCUCUACAGCGCGUCAUACCCGCCGUCCCCGCUGCCUCAAACCGUCAACCCGCUCGCGCACCACGCGCGCGUCUUCCGCGCUGCGGGGGCGCUGGGCGUGCCGCCGCUGCGGGGGGAGGCGUUAAGGGCGUUUAGGGGCGUGCUGCAACGCGAGCGGUGCGUGGGCUGGUUCAAGGGGGCCGUGGAGGUGCUGUGGGGGCUGCGUGGGGAGGAGGCGGCGGAGGCGGAGGGGGAAGGGGAGAUGAGAGAGGCGUUGGUGCGGUUUGCGGCGCUGAGCGUCAGGGAGCUGCUUCGGGAGCCAGGGUUCGCGCAGUUGAUGUGCGUGGGCGGAGGCGCGUUCGGGGAGGCGCUGGUUGUGGCGUUGGCGGGGGAGGAGGGUGCAAGUGCGAGGGAGGAGGAUGCUGCUGCUGCCGCCGAGCCAUCGGUCGACGAAGGCGUGCAGGUCGACGAGGACGAGGACGAGCGCGUCCAUGUCCACGUCGACGACGGCAUCAAGGUCGACGAGGACGAGGACGAGGACGAGCGCGUCCAUGUCCACGUCGACGACGGCAUCAAGGUCGACGAGGACGAGGACGAGGACGAGCGCGUCCAUGUCCACGUCGACGACGGCAUCAAGGUCGACGACGUCCACGACCCGCUCCUCGCACUCCCCACGCUCCCGGUCUACGAACGAGUAGCAGAACCUCACGCCGACACCGACACCGACACCAUCACCAAGCCAUCCAACAACAACACCCACACAACCACAGCGCCCCAGCCGCACCACCCCGUCCUCGUAGCCCCAAUGCCAACGGCCAUGCCCUACCGCUGGCAACCGCACACCUGGGACUCGGUCCCCACCGUCACCGCCAUUGCCGCAGUGCCCGUGUCCAUGUCCGCUUUCGCAGAAGGCAACGGUGGCGGCAGUGGCGGCAGUGGCGGCGCCGCAGCAGGCGCAGCAGGCGGCAGUCUGAUUCCCUCGCCGCCGGCUGCUGUGGCGCCGUCGCCGGGGCCGCCGUAUGAUUAUGAUGACGUUGACGACGAUGGUGGUGAGGCGCCGGCGCCGGCUGUGCAGGCCUAUGAGAGCCCGGCGGUGCAGCCGUACGCUCCUGUGCCUGCGCCUGAGGCUGCGGGGGAGGAGUACGUGGACGCGUACGCGCCGGAGGAGUUCGCCGACGCGGAAGCCUACCCCGAGCCCCCUGCGUCCGCGGAGGAGGAGCAGGCUGUCGACGCGCCAGCAGAAUACGCAGAUGUCUACGCUGAUGCCUCGUCCCCCCCGCCGCCCCAAAUUCCUGAGGAGGAAGCGCCGCCUGAGCUUGCGCCCGAGUGGGGCGGCUGGUCGCCGUUGAAGAAGGACAAGAAGAAAAAAAAGAAGCAGAGUAGCAGCAGCGCAUGGGUCCAUGAGUCUCCAGCUGUGUCGCCGCCUCCGCCCGCUGAGCCGGAGCCGGAGCAAGAGCCCGAGGCCGAUGUGCCGAUGGAGGUGGUGCCCGCGCCUGAGCCGGAGCCUGUGCCUGCGACUGUGGAGGUGGUGCCCGCGCCUGAGCCAGAGCCUGCGCCUGCACCCCAGCAUGACAUGUGGGGCAGACCACCGCCGUUGAAGAAAGGCAAGCGGAAGAACAAGAAGAAGAGCAGCAGCAGCAGCGCCGCAUGGGCCUACGAGUCGCCACCCGUGUCGCCACCUCAACCGGCAGAGCCGUCGCCGCCGCCGGAGCCGGAGCUGGAAAUGGAGGAGGUGCCUGCGCCCGAGCCAGAGCUUGUGCCCGUGACUGUGGAGGUGGUGGAGCCGGAGCUUGAGGUUGUGCCUGAGGCAGCGCCGGAGGAGCCGCGUCCCGAGCCGAUCCAGCUGACGGACUCGGAGGGGGGGUGGGGGUUUGGCCCGACGGCGAGGAGUAAGAAUAAGAAGAAGAAGGGGAGGAGGACUGUGGAUCCGGAGACGGAUGCGCCGGCAGUGGCGCCGCCUCGUGAGUAUUUGUUGUAUGGGGUCGCGGACUAGGGUGGAAGGUCUGUGAUGGGGUCGGGUGGGAUUGGAUGGGAUUGGAUGGGAACAGAGUUAGGGUUGAGAUUGAAAUUGAGAUUGAGUGUUUGAGGGAGGUCUGAGGGUAGGUAGGGAUAAGAUUGCUUGGUUUCCUGCUUUUUACAUAGUAUAGACGGGUCAGACCGUCGCGUACUGCUACUGUUUUUCCUGUCUUUUCUUGUCUCUACUUAGCCAGCUGCAAUUUACCACCGCGUCCGCACCCG